AUACAAAGUUGCAUAGUUGCGAAAGUCAGAAGAAAACGAAAAAUUCAAUAUGAAGAUCAUUACAACAACUGUAUUCCUGAUUGUCCUCGCUGCCGCUGUACAGGGCGAGCAGAAAAAUAUUAGCGCAAAUUGCACGAAUGCUUGUCCGAAAAUCUUCGAUCCCGUCUGUGCUGUUUCUGGUGGAGAGGAUGAACUCGUUUACCGUUACUUCCAUAAUGAUUGUUUAAAGCGUUAUGCCAGCUGCAGCACUGGAACAGUCUGGCGCAUCACAUCCUUAUCGCGCUGCCUCGAACAUGUCGAUCCUUUGGUGCGCGAGCAGUGUUUACGUCCUUGUCCAUUUAUUUAUGAACCGAUUUGUGCUUCGAAUGGGAAAACAAAAGAGAUUUUCGGCAAUAGCUGUAUAUUGGAUGUUGAAAAUUGCUUGGCUGUUGAGGCUUGGACUCUGAUAGAAGACAGCGAGUGUGAUUUGUAAU